AUGAGUAGUGCUGUGUUGCUGACUCACCUUCCAGACCCCAGCAGCAACUUCAGGGAAGACGCCCCCCGCCCCCCUGUGCCAGGCGAGGAAGGAGAGACACCAUGCCAACAGCCUGCAAGCUCGUUUGUCAUGAAAAGCCAAAGCUUCAAGGCCAUGUCAAUUUCUUCCAACCCAAGGAGGAAUGAGGAUGGGCUUGGUGAGCCGGAAGGCAGUGCAUCUCCAGACUCCCCUCUGGCAAGAUGGACCAAAUCUCUGCAUUCCUUGUUGGGGGAUCAAGAUGGUGCCUAUCUUUUUCGGACCUUCCUGGAAAGAGAGAAAUGUGUGGAUACCUUAGACUUCUGGUUUGCCUGCAAUGGCUUCAGGCAGAUGGACCUUAAGGAUACCAAAACUUUAAGAGUAGCCAAAGCUAUAUACAAAAGGUACAUUGAGAACAACAGCAUUGUCUCCAAGCAGCUCAAGCCUGCCACUAAGACCUAUAUAAGAGAUAGUAUCAAGAAGCAGCAGAUAGAUUCUAUAAUGUUUGAUCAGGCACAGACUGAAAUUCAGACUGUGAUGGAGGAAAAUGCUUACCAGAUGUUUUUAACUUCUGAUAUAUACCUCGAAUAUGUAAGGAGUGGGGGAGAGAAUCCUGCUUAUAUUAACAGCAAUGGACUGGGGAGCUUAAAAGUUGUCUGUGGCUAUCUCCCAACCUUGAAUGAAGAAGAAGAAUGGAGCUGUGUGGACUUUAAAAACAAAAUCUUGCCUUCUGUAGUUGGGCUAUCCAGCAAGACUUUGAGGGUUACAGCAAAUGUCAGAGCUACAGAAACGGCUGAGAAUGGAUACAGGUCAUUCAAGAGGAACGAUCCUAUUAACCCAUACCAUGUGAAUUCUGGCUACGUUUUUGCCCCAGCAACUAGUGCAAAUGAUAGCGAAAUAUCUAGUGAUGCCCUGACUGAUGAUUCCAUGUCAAUGACGGACAGUAGCGUAGAUGGAAUCCCUCCUUAUAGACUUGGGAGCAAGAAGCAGCUCCAGAGGGAAAUGCAUCGUAGCGUUAAGGCCAAUGGUCAAGUUUCUCUACCUCAUUUUCCGAGAACCCACCGUCUUCCUAAGGAAAUGACCCCUGUGGAACCAGCUACCUUUGCGGCUGAACUGAUAUCCCGGUUGGAAAAGCUGAAGCAAGAACAAGAAACGAUGGAUAGUCUGGAGGAGAGGCUACAGCAAAUCAAAGAGGAAGAAGAGAAGGAGGGAUCAGAGCUACCUGCCAACACGCAGACCAAUCGGGAGGCAGCAACCACUCAGCAUCAGCAGCACUCACUCACUCUCCUGCCAUCCGGCAGCUACGAGGAGGACCCGCAGGCGAUCCUGGAUGACCAUCUAUCGCGAGUGUUGAAGACUCCCGGCUGCCAGUCACCCGGCAUGGGGCGGCACAGCCCCCGCUCCCACUCCCCGGACCGCCUCCCAGGAGGCAAGCCACAGCCGAGCACGGCAUCGCCAGCUGCCUGCACUCUCAUCAGUAAAGGAUUUAUCACCAAGCAGACCACCAAGCACGUCCACCACCACUACAUCCACCACCACACCAUCCCCAAGACUAAAGAGCAGAUAGAAGCCGAGGCAGCACAGCGGGUCCAGUGCUUCUGUCCUGGGGGCAGCGACUCCAACUGCUAUUCGAAAUGCAAGAGCCACUCGAAAGGGACGGAGCUUCCGCUGGAGCAGUUUGGAGGGAGCAAACCCGGCACGCUGACGAAGAGGAAUGGCAAAGUAACAGAUGGCGUCGCCCUGCCGGCCGGGGAAGUAGGGCUAUCCGCAAUGCCCGGGCUCCAGCUACCUGGGGGCGAGGCGGAUCGGUCACAGAACGUCUGGCAGUGGAUGCUGGAGAGCGAGAGACAAAAUAAGCACAAGCCUCAUAGCACACAAAGCACAAAGAAGGCCUACAAUUUGGAGUCCACCAAAGGGAUCCCCAGUGAGCGCCCGGCCCGCCAUCACCUGUGGGGGAACAGCAAUCACUCACGCGGGGCACAGCCUGCCCACCCGUUCGUCCAGGAUCCCACCAUGCCCCCGCUGACCCCGCCCAACACCCUCGCCCAGCUGGAGGAAGCCUGCCGCAGGCUAGCGGAAGUGUCCAAGCCUCAGAAACAAAGAUGUUCAACCUCAAAUCAGCAGAGGGAUCGAAACCACUCAUCCGCUGUUCAGGGAGGAAAUGCCCCUUUUUGCAAUGCAAGUCUAACUACAGAAGAUCACAAAGAGCCAAAGAAACUCCCAGUGGUUCAUGCCUCCCAGUCCAGCGAGUUGGUUGUCACUUAUUUUUUCUGUGGAGAAGAAAUACCCUACAGGAGGAUGUUAAAGGCCCAGAGCCUGACACUUGGGCACUUUAAAGAGCAGCUGAGCAAAAAGGGAAAUUAUAGGUAUUAUUUCAAAAAAGCAAGCAACGAAUUUGACUGUGGUGCAGUUUUUGAAGAAAUUUGGGAAGACGACACAAUUCUGCCCAUGUAUGAAGGAAGGAUUCUUGGGAAAGUAGAGAGGAUUGAUUGA